CACACACACGCACGCACGCGUGACCGCGCGUGUGUGUGUGACCGUCGGAUGUAGCUCUGUUUGUUGUAGCACGUGCGCGAGUUUUGGGAUUAACCAAUGCGGAAGUGAAAUCUGUUUCAAUUCGUUUAUUUGUUUUUCUUUUGUGAUGACGUGUGUGAGCAGUUGCGCGCUCGUGCGUGUUUGGCGCUUCCUCCUCCUCCUCCUCCUCUUCCCUGUGUUAGGGCUUGCGGCCGGCGGCGCGGAGCAUGUUGGGGUCUGUCCCAACUUUCUGAACCCUCACCUGUGGGUGGACGCGCAGAGCACGUGCGAGAGGGAGUGCAACACCGACCAGAUAAAAUGGCAGCAACCUUGGCAGGUGACUUAGCAGAUGUAUAAGUUACUGUAUCAUCAGCAUGAAGCUGACAUUCAACAUCUGGACAACAACAUGGAAAAUCAUUUAUAAACAAACUAAAAAGCAAUGGGCCUAAGAUUGAACCUUGAGGACUGUGCUAUCUUUGAAAAAUGUUGCACGAAUGUGUGUGGUCUGCUCAGCUGUGUGGCGGCUCGUUUCUCAGAUGAUUCGUUCCCACCCCUUGCUGCUACUGAUGGCCAACCAGGUACAAAUGUGUCCUCUGUGGGUGGGGCCAGCUGCGAUGACUUUGUGUGCAGCCAGCAGGGGGCGGAGUGUGUGAUGUGGGCGGGUCAGCCAGUGUGUAAGUGUCAGGAUCGCUGUGAGAGCGAGCCCAGCUUCACCUGUGCCUCUGACGGCUUGACGUACUUCAACCGGUGUUACAUGGAUGCUGAGGCAUGUGUUCAGGGCGUGACACUCACUGUGGUCACAUGCCGAUAUCACCUGUAUGCAAGCCCCACCCCAUCAGACACCACAGUCCCACCCACGCCCACUUCCUCUGCCCCUUUUCCUCCUACUCUCUACUCCAACCCCCAGCACCGGAUUGUUUACCUGGGUGGAACUGUUAGCUUUCGCUGCGAUGUGAUUGGACAGCCAAAGCCUGAUGUCACGUGGGAAAAGCAAUCAGAGCAUCAGAUCAUGCGGCCAGAUCAGAUGUAUGGUAAUGUUGUAAUCACCAACAUCGGACAGCUCGUAGUGUACAAUGCUCAGGUGUUUGACACGGGAAUCUACACCUGUGUUGCACGCAAUUCAUUCGGAGUUCUGCGUGCUGAUUACCCUCUUUCAGUCAUUCGGCGUGAUGAACGUGAUGUCUUUGAAGACUCUGAAGCGAGAACGGAUAUUCCUGAGCAGCUGUUUUCUCCGUCUGACUGUUUGGUGAGUGUAGAACGUGGAGAGUGUGGUGAGAGCCAUGUGGACUGGCAUUACGAUGCCGUGGUUGGCUCCUGCCAGCCCUUCACACACGGAGGGUGUCUACGAGGGAAGAACAGAUUUGAGACGUACGAGGACUGUCGGACAUCCUGUGAGCGUGAGGAGAUGGCUGUGUGCAACCUUCCAGCCGUCCAAGGCCCCUGCAGGAACUGGGAGCCCCGUUGGGCUUACAAUGCCGUCACCAAGCUAUGCCAGGCCUUUGUCUAUGGAGGUUGCCGUGGGAACAGCAACAACUUUCGGUCCAGGACAGAGUGCCAGGCGAGCUGCCCACAUCAGAGGUCACGACCAUGUAGGAGCUGCAGGCCGAAGGGCAGGUUGGUGCCGAGUCUGUGCCGCAGCGACUUUGUCAUCGUUGGCCGUCUCACAGAGCUGAUCGAGGACCUGAACUCGGGAAUUGCACGCUUUAGCCUGGAGCAGGUACUAUGGGAUGAGAAGAUGGGUCUGAAGCUGUUCAAGGCCCGAUAUCUGGAGGUCACACUGGUCCGCAUGGACUGGAGCUGCCCAUGUCCCAACAUCACCAUGCAGGAAGAGAGCCCCCUGCUGGUGAUGGGGGAAGUGCAGGAAGGCAUGGCCAUGGUGCUGCCUGACAGCUAUGUGAGACCCAUGUCGGACCGCAGGGUGAAGAAAAUCCAGGAUGUUCUGGCCAAGAAGACUUGUGAGAUGCUGCAGAGGUUUCAGGACUGAGCCUGUGUGUGCUAACUUUCUUAAACCCUUCACUGGAUCUUUACAUUUGCUGAUAUUGCAUUUCUAAAACAUCACACUAAGCUUUAUGGAGUAAUGACUAUGUAACUGAAACAUUAUUCCAACUGAUCUGCCUCCUGUGUUGUUCAGGUGUUCAUCUUAAUCUUUUAUGAAUAGUCUGUCUUUCUCUGUGAAGGACAAUAUGGAGGAUGUCUGGCUUAAAAAAUAACUGUACAGAUUUUAAUCUUCUUAUCUUGGGGCUACAUAGGCAGCCAGAUACCAAGUGAUUUGUUCUGGAGGUGUGUUAUGCAUUAUAAUGUACAUAAUAUGUUUCUCUGAUUCUCUCAGCUUUAUAUAUGUCUUUAAGUUGACUUCAAUUCUUCAUUACAAUAAAAACAGUAACAUAA